AUUCCCCUUCAGCUUCCACACUGCACCAGAACAGGUGAACUACAAACUUUUCACACACCCACAGAGAUUGUUGCUCUCCGCGGGAGAACCGGGCGGCACCUCCCAUCGCCUGUACGGCAGAGCCGUUAUCAGGGACCCGUUUACUACCGGGCCGCCUUCCCUCGGGGCACAGCCGGCCUUGGGGCAGGAACCUCCGGGUCCAGGGAGCUCCGAGGCCGCCUGGCGAGGAGGCGGAGGCCGGGGAGGCGCCGUGGGCCGGCCGGGCGCGGCCUCCUCCCGCCCUCGGCUUCUUCAGCCCCGCGGCGGCUCGGCGGCGGCAGCCAUGGGGGCGGCGGAGGCUCGACGGCGGCGCUGGGGGGUGCCGGUGCUGCUGGUGGCCUAUGUGGGCUACGUGGGGCUGGGGGCCGGCGUACUGCAGGCCCUGGAGAGGCCGGCCGAGGUGCAGGCGGCCCGGCGGCUCCUCCAGCAGCACUGGGAGCUGCUCGCUAACCACACCUGCCUGCGGGGAGCCGCCCUGCAGCGCCUCAUCCAGGGUAUCAUCGAGGCCUACAAGAGCGGUGUAACCCUCCAGGGAAACACCACCAGCCUGGGCAGAUGGGACUUCAGCGGGUCUUUCUUCUUCUCCAUCUCUGCAAUAACCACCAUUGGCUAUGGGAACCUAAGCCCCAGCACUGUGGCUGGCCGAAUCUUCUGCAUCUUGUUUGCGCUGUUUGGGAUCCCCUUGAACCUUGUCCUCCUGAAUGAAAUCGGGCAGGUGAUGUUGUUGGGGGUUCAGCGCUGUGCCCAUCGCCUGGAGGAGAUGUUUCACUGGAAGAUAAAAGCUGCCCUGCUGAUGAAGACCUGUGCACUAGUAUCUGGGUUGUUAUUGUUCCUCCUGCUACCUCCGUUGUUGUUCUCUGACAAAGAAGGCUGGACUUAUGAAGAGGGUUUCUACUAUUCCUUCAUUACUCUCAGCACUAUUGGGUUUGGAGAUUAUGUGAUUGGGAUGAACCCAGACCGCACCUAUCCAGCCUGGUACAAGAAUGUAAUCUCUCUUUGGAUCCUCUUUGGGAUGGCCUGGCUAGCACUGGUUAUCAAAUUUUGCAUCAACUUACUGGAGAGCUCCAGUGACUUCUGUCAGUGUAACAAGAAGAGUACAGAGUUGGCCGAAGACUUAAUGGAUGAUGGCAAAAACAGUAUGACAGGACUUCAUGAUGUGGAGAGCUGCAAUGAGAAAGACACAGAAACAAAAGGACCAGAUGAAUGUCACAUCCACACAGCUCCUGCAGAAGCACUUUAGAGAAGAAGCAUACUAUUGGUGUCUCUUAUAUUUCAGUGCACCAGAGAUCACUGCUUAGAAAUGUGGGAAUGGAGCUGACCUGAUGUUCACACGGGGAUGUAAACCUGUUUGUUGAGUCUGAAAUGCUUCUAUUCUGAAUUGAACAAUGGUAACAAAAUAUUUCUUUUACAGCACCACCAAGACAGGUGGUAAUAGCACAGGACUGUUAACCAAAAGUAGGUUUACAUAGAUAAUACCUACCCUCCCAUCUCAAUAUAUGAGGUAAAUUUUGACAUCUGUACCCAGCACUACCCCUUGUCCUUUUCUUUGUGUGCAAAGUUCUUGAAGCCUCCAAUUGUAUGUAGGGCAUUUUGCAAAUACCUCAACUGGAAAAGGAAGUGUCAUUUAAUACAGGAAGGAAAUGUUAUGUUGCCAAAAGGCACAGUGAAGAAUCUUAUUUUAAAGAACCUGGCAGUGACUGCAAGUGUGCUUCAUCACCUAUGUGCUUGUGCUUGCCAAAGGUGGUAAUGUGUUUCU